UACGCCACAAGAGCUGGAGGAGGACGGAGUGUAGUAGAACUUCAGUGUUAAGUGCUGUGUCCUUAUUUUCGCCUGUGGCUGCUGGUGAAGUGUACAGGCCAAGCUUCCACUUUCCAUUUAGGAGACUUUAUUUAGCAAUGUGGCGGAUAACUGUCAGUCGCGUUUUAGUCUAAAUAAAAAGCAAUUACUGACGUAGCUGAAGGACUGCACGCGCUGACUGAUGGCAAGGUUGUGAUACUGUUGGAUGAUCUCCAAUGCCCUCUAGUACAGUGCUGUUAUCACAAGACAAGUCUGGCCUCAGGCCGAGCUUGGGGAAAUAGAAGAACUCGCAGAACUGACACCAGGUAAAUGUCAGGUAGCAGUGAAGAUGACACAAAAGUAAUCAAGAAAGAGAAGAAAGUUGAUCUAAGAAACCCUAUGGUUCAGCGAAGCAAGAAUAGAGGCAGGAUACAUGAAGAUAAUUCCUCAAGUGAUGACAGUGAUGAUGAUAUAAGUGCAGCGUACAAGUCUCAACGCACGAGAGAAAGAGAAGGACCAAAAGACAUGGGUGCUACAUCCACAGUUCAGUUUGAGACAGAAAAAGAUAGGGAUGCUCAGGCAAUUUAUGAAAGAACACUUCAGGUUAAUAAAGAAACUAGAGGUCAAGCAGAUGACAAAAUAUAUCGUGGCUUGAAUAACUACAGUCAAUUCUAUGAAAAGAAAGAUACAGCUCAGGGUAAUGCAGCAAGUGGAGGGGUCCGCAAAGGUCCCAUUCGAGCCCCGGAUCAUCUGCGAGCAACAGUAAGAUGGGACUACCAGCCAGAUCUGUGCAAGGACUACAAGGAGACUGGAUUCUGUGGUUUUGGAGAUAGCUGUAAGUUUUUGCACGACCGGACAGAUUACAAGUUAGGCUGGCAGCUCGAGCUAGAAACUAGCAAGCAGAGAGGUGGAGACUGUGACUCGGAUGAAAACUGGGAGAUCCCAAGUGACGAUGAGCAUCUUCCCUUCAAGUGCUUCAUCUGCAGACAGUCUUUCACAGAUCCAGUGGUUACCAAGUGUAAACAUUAUUUUUGUGAAAAGUGUGCCCUUGACCACUUCAAGAAAACGAAACGUUGUUACGUGUGUAGUGAAAAUACGGGAGGAAUGUUUAACCCAGCUGUUGAGCUUAUAGCCAGAUUUAAAAACGAAGAUGUGGAUGACAGUGACUAAGAUGUCAAUUUUUCGUAAAUGUGUUUUUUUGUUUUUUUUUUUUUUACAUAUUUUAAAACAAAAGUAAUUGAGGUGAAAGAUUAUUUUAUAAUUGCAAAGUAAAUACGUCUGUUGUUGGCUGCAUGGACUCAUAAUUUAUAUCUUUUAAGAAUUAAUUGGUAUUGUUCAUUAAGAUUUCUUUAUUACAAAAUGCUAAAGUUGAACUGUGCAUUGGUAUUUGAGUCAAUUUCAAGAAUAUUGCAUUGUCUACAGACACCAGUUAUAAUAUGGUAAAUGAUACAAAACUCAGAAAAAAUACUCAUAAUUUGAGCUGAAUGUAUGUAAUGUACAAUCGGUUAUGCAAUUCAGCCUCAGUUUGUAUCAGUUGUUUCAGACGUACCGAUUUGUUUUCUUAUAAAAUUCUCUGACUUCAAGAACUCCCAUAAUGCAUAAUGUUAAGGGACCUUACAUACGAAUCCCACAAUUUGUUUCAUUGGUUUAAAUGUAAAACAUGAAUAUCAUGCUAUAA